AAGCAAAAAGUGGGGACUCCAAGGAGCGACCGCUGUCUGGACUCGUGCCGAGUAUUGACGUCUCUCUGACCCUCGAUCUCCGGGCCAGCCUCCGCCUCUGGAUAUCGCCAGGCCGGCUGUGGAAACAGUCCUUUCUUCCCCCCCCGUUCGCCUCUCGACCGCCCCCCUCAGGGCUGGUACGGAGUAAUGUCCAGAAUGGCCCCCUCGUGCCCACCAAGGGCUUCCGUCCCGUUCCCAGAACCCUGGAUAAUAAGGGCCUCCUCUCCAACAGCCACAACAUCCAUCCUUGCGCCUCUCGGGGGCCUCUUCAGAUGCCCGGGAGCUCCUCCAGAUCCCAAGCUCCAGAGUGCCGCCGUCGACCCUCGUUUUCGUGUCGAUCGACGCGGACCGGUUGCCACCAUAGCAAUUAAGUCUCUUGAUAAAGCCCUCCAUGGCAAAAUCUGUCUCGUCCCUCCGCCUAGACCGCGUCGAUCGCUGCUAGACCACAUAUCAGUCCAUCGGCGUAGCUGGUCAGCAAUCGGGUCGCCGGGUCGCCGGGUCGCCCUCCCCACUGUCCCAUCGCAGCAGAGCAGAGCCGCCGCUUUACGGCACCUCGAGCACACUGUGUCUGUUGCUUUUGCUCGAGAGGAUCGCCAGUCCCUGACUCUUCAGACUGCCCUUCCAAUUGGGCCCGAAGUCCCCCUCCAGAACCAGGGCAAUCAAGGUCCCCAUCAGAGAGGACCCCGGCCAAAAAUAUCACCAGCCCGCCGCUAGAGCCGUGCGCUGUGCGGCCGAGCGGGCGAGCGAAAAGUCCCCCUAGCUCCUUCCCAUCCAACAAUUCAAUUUUCCAGCCCUUUCCCUCUCCGGCUUGGCAUUCCCCGUCAUAUGCCGAGAGGUUGGCCCCCUUCGAGGCACAUGUGCUGAGCCUCACCAGAGUCCCAGAGUCUCGCCUUCCACUUUCAGCCUCUCGUCCGGGAUAUAGGUCUUGCUGUGGACCAGCCGUCACUCUUUUUUCGUGCUUCUUCCCGCACGAGGCCGUCCCUGAAUAACAGUAUCCUUCCGCCCUCGCCAUCGCCCAGUCGCCCGAGGGAACUUGACGCCUGGAAUCGUCCUGCUUGGCUGCUACAUCCUAGCUGGCGCGCCGAUUUUGGAGUCUAUGACACAACCAUUCCAAAUACAACCUCCAACCCAGGUUGCUGUUGUCUGAACUUCAUCUAGCCGGGAAACCUGCCGAAUGUUUCAGCCUUCUAUGCACUGGGGCCACUUCCUCUUUAACUAGACUGCGGCCUUGAUUCUUUUUCUCACCGUCUUGUCUCAAGCGGGAAGCCGAAACUUUUCGGAAGCCCACUCUACCUUCGACCCACGCUAAAAGGCUCAGAAAGUGCUCUCUUUCUCCAGCGACUCCAAGCCCAGGGCUGAAGUUGCAAUCAUCUUGACACUAUGGCCAAGUCCAACAUCCUGAUCUAUGUUCUCCGGCAUGAUCUACGCCUAGCGGACAACCCAGUCUUCCACAAGCUCGCCACCCACGGUGACCAUGGCUUCACGCACCUCCUGCCGGUCUACAUCUUCCCGGCUCAGCAGUUCGAGGUCUCCGGGUUCCUCAAGCCGGGCAGCUCUUCUCCCUAUCCCGAGGCGAGAAGCGCAGUAAGCAAGGUCUGGAGGACCGGGCCCCACCGAGCAAAGUUCAUCACGCAGUCCGUUUGGGAUCUGAAGCAGUCACUUGAGUCUGUCGGUAGCGGACUGGUCAUCCGCGUGGGACUGGUUGCAGAUGUCGUCAAAGUCUUGCUGGACGGUUUCCGAGACCGACAGGACAAUGUUGGCGCUGUGUGGAUGACAGGCGAAGAGGGAGUCGAAGAGCGCAGGGACCAGAGGGCAGUCUCGGCGCUCUGUAAGAAGCUCGGAACUGAUUUCAAGCUCUGGUCAGAUGAGAAAUAUUAUGUCGACGAUCGAGAUGUGACAACACCUAUCAGCGAAAUCCCAGAUGUAUUCACCACGUACAGAAAGUCUAUAGAGCCUCUGAGAUCCCGGCCGCGGGCUACACUUGCCAAACCAGCCAGCGGGAAGCUUCCUCCCAUGGUCGAGACAUCGCAUACACCUGACCAACACGGGCCCUUUGCCAUACCGACGACUUACGAUGAUUUAGAGGAUGCCGUUCUUUCCCCAGUCAGGAAUUUCAUUACUGGAAUACCCCCAUACCCCGACGGUGCUGAAUCUGCACAUCCUUUCCAAGGUGGAGAGACCGCGGGAAAUGAACGACUACGUCACCUGAUCAAGACCGGUCUGAUGUACAGCUACAAGGAAACUCGCAAUGGCAUGAUUGGAUCGGCUUUCAGCACCAAGCUGUCCGCGUUUCUGGCCCAGGGGUGCGUCACAGCCCGACAAGUACACCACGAGCUUCUGAAAUAUGAGGAUGGAACGGACCCAGAUUACAAAGACGCGACUGGCUAUGGCAACGGCGAGAAUGACGGGACGAGCGCCGUGCGUUUCGAAUUACUGUGGAGAGAUUACAUGCGGCUUUGUACGAUGAAGUUUGGAGCCCGCCUGUUCCGCAUCGAGGGUUUCAGAGACCACGACUACGACGGAGAAGGUGAAGGCAGCGCAAAGAGGCCAAAGUGGAAAUCGUCUGUGAAGGAGGAUGCCCUCCCGGAGCAGAAGCCGAGCCCAGACGAGGUUGCGAAAAUCAUUCAGCGGUUCAACACGGGCACGACCGGCAUGGGCCUCAUCGACGCAUCGCAACGCGAGCUCCUUCACACCGGCUACACGUCCAACAGAGCACGGCAGAAUGUGGCAUCAUUUCUCACGAAGCACCUCGGAAUCGACUGGCGUUUCGGGGCGGAAUGGUACGAGAUGAUGCUGGUGGAUUACGACGUGUCUUCCAACUGGGCCAACUGGCAGUACGUCGCAGGCGUUGGGAACGACCCCAGAGGCGAGGCCCGCAUCUUCAACCCGGUCAAACAGGCGUUCGACUACGACAAGGAAGGCACCUACGUCAAGACCUGGGUGCAAGAGGUGAAGCCGCUGGAGAAGCUGGAAAACGUGUUCCAGGUCUCGACGACGUCGGCCGAGGAGCUCGAGAAGGCAGGCCUGACGGACAGCAUCAUGGUCACGGAUCCGGUGAAGCGAAUCGAGUUCCUGGUCGACGGCAAGCCCAAGAACAACAAGCGCCCGUUCCACCGUGCGCGCGGCUCGCGGCGGCCGCCCAGUGCCGGCGCGUUCGACAGCAACGGACGGCCCAUACACCAGUCAAACGGCCCGGCCGGUCCGGGAAGCUCAGACGGGGGCCCUGGGCACAGAGGCGCCCCGCAUCGUGGCCGCGGCGGGGGUUAUAACAACGGUGGACCGCGGCGUGGCUUCUACAGCGGGCGCGGCCGGGGCCAGUACGCCGUCCCGAACUACGGCCCUGGUUACUUUGGCGGCCCUCCACUCAACGGCCAGAUGGGCUCGUUCGGCCGCGGCGCUUAUCACAACAUGGCGGUUAGAGGUGGCUUCCAAGGCGGUUAUCCUGCGCCUUACCAUACGGGCCCUCCCUCCUAGCGGAAUGCGGAAUAGCCACUUGUAGGAUCAGAUGAUGGAGAAGCGUGCGUUGUAAUUCAACCAAGGGAAAAUUCCUGGCUUAUCCGGAACAGAACAACUAGCGUUCAAUGUACAGUACUGCAUGAAUACGAGUAUAUAAUACUCGUGCAUUCAUGAGUAAUAUAAGCGGAUUCUAUCUUGCGCGAGGGAAGAAACAGAAGGGAUGCAACACCUCAUCCACUUACAACAUGGAGUGCGAUUCAAAAGGCAUGCCGACCGAGGUAUGGGAGGGUUACAACUAUCAUUGUGAUGUGUGUACUAUUACAAGUCAUGAAAGUAUGGGCCGAGUCCGUUGAGAGGGCGACUCGCUCGCGCCCACACUCUUUGAUUUAUAUGGCCCGGCUUCUAUAUUUCUAAGACUGCACCUUGUGCACGCGGGGGUGGUCAAGCGCAGGAUUGGCUUCUACAUGUCCCGUGUAUGCUCGCUCUGGGGUUCUCCAUUACAUCCCCUGACAGGGCGCGCAGUCUAGAAGUUCUCGGGCAGUCUCCUCAGGCUCAUCGACUUGGGGGCCACAAACAGGGAGCGGCACUGGACGCACGUCUUGCCGUCGACGGUCUCGAUGCUGGCGUCGACCCAGACCUUCCUGGCCCUCCUGCCCCUCUCGGCUGCGGGCAGCUCGUCGUCGGGCACGGCGCGGGCGCGCAGGACGUAGAAGUCGGAGGCGAGGGUGGGCCGCUUGUAGACGAUGUCCAGGUUGGCGGUGAGCAGGCCGGCGCCCUGGAGGUCCUUGAAGGCGGCGCGGGCGGAGUGCUCGUCCAGCAGGGUGGCGAUGGCGCCGCCGUGGACGACGCCGGGCCAGCCGAUGGUGCCCGGGCCGAGGUAGACGACGGCGACAACCUCGCCGGUGGAGCGGUUGUGGAAGACGUGCUGGUAGGCGCCGACGCCGCGGGUGCCGGCGAGGGGCCCCGUCGUGAUGCGGUGGGGGCGCGACGCGGGGGGGAUGCCGUCGUAGGCGUCGUGGUGGAAGCCGGCCCACUCCGGGUCGGAGAGGAGGUGCUUGACGAGGGGCAGCGCGGCGGCGGCGGCGCGGAUGUCGGCGGAGAGGGCGUCGUCUAGUCUGGAGGCUGGGACGAUGGGCGGCGGCGGCGACAGCACGGCGCGGGCGGCUGUGCCUAUGGUGAGGCCCAGGGCGAGGAAGACGGCUGCGGAGAUCAAGCCCGGCCGGCUCCUUCGUGGCGGCGCAGCGGGCUGGUGUGUCUGGCUGGCGAUCGAGGCGGUGGUCGACGUCGUGCGCGGGUCAAGCGACAAUGGCGACGAGGUCGAGAAGGCGUGGGGGCGCGGAGGCGUUCGGGAGGCAGCUGGUGGACGCUGCGAUGUGACACGGCAUCGCCGUGCUGCCCGUGCUGCCCUCGCUGCCCGUGCUGCCCACAGCACUCGAGGCUGAAGCAUCUCUAUCGUCGGCGGCCGCGAUGUGGCGGCGUUGACAGCCGGCUCAAAGGUGUCGCCCGAGACGGCACGCACUUGAAGGUUUGCGCCCGGCUGGCGCACAGGCCCCACCCACUGCAGAGCCUCGGCACUCCACGCACCACGCGCUACCUGUCCAUCUAAGUACCGAGGUACCGACCCAAAUACCUCCUUCAUCAGACAGAGAGCAACGCAUCAAUGACUUCUUCUGCCGGGACACACCACGUGCCCUCUCGUGCUCUCUCAUGCCCUCUCUGUGAUGCCAACGACAGGACACCACGAUGCCCCAUGCCCGUCAGAGCCGCCGCGUGGGACAUCAAGCCCAGCCUGACUGAUCUUGCCCGUCCUGUCGUGUUCUCGUGCGACGGCGAUAGCUUCGAGCUUGGCGGCACGGGCCGUCAAGCAGCAUCCAGCAGGCAGGCCAUAUCGUCGAUCACAUGCCCGGUUGAUCGCAUGUCUUAGAUCGCAGAGCUGGCCAAGGAGCUGAGGGUGGCUUGGCUGCCUUCUCUCGCUCGGUCAGCUGAACGGGGCACCGAGGCAAGAGGCUCACGAUAACCGUCCGGGUUGUGUGUGAUCCAUGCGAUUCCCGCUCGCAAUCCCACGUCGGUCAACGGCCCUGAUCACGGCUGUGCUUGCGGGUGCGAGGCAGUACUUUUGGCGCCGCACACUCGUAUACCGUGCCGCGACCCCGCUGAUCCGAUGCAAA